CGCUUCUUCGUGUUUCGUAAAAUAAUGUGGCCUGGAAUAAUCCCUGUAAUGUUUUUAAAGCUUGUCAUCAUUGUGGAUGCGAAGUUCGUGUUAUUGAAUAAUCGUGUUUAAGUCAAUAUUUGUAAUCACCUUUCUUUCUAUCCUUGUCAGACUUGUUACUAUUUCAUCUAUCAGAAGGAAUGUGGUACGCCAGACGAUACUUUACACAAAGUACUAAUCGGAAUUGCUCGCCAUAUACCGGCUUCUUUGUAAUAUUGGUGUGAGUUUUGAGAAACAUUUCCAGAAUGUCUGGUGGACGAAAAGAACUGAUGGAAUACCUUGAAAAUUUGGGAAUUACUUCAGAGACAAUUGAACAUCCUGCAGUAUUUACGGUUGAAGCCAUGAUGCCGUAUGUCGGCCAUCUCCCAGGAGCACACAGCAAAAAUCUUUUCCUCAAGGAUAAAAAGAAAAAACGACUGUGGCUCUUCACAGCUUUGGCAACUCGCGAGGUCAGCUUGAGCGAUCUUGCCAAAAAGGUUGGAGCAAGUGGAGGGUUUCGAUUCGCGGAUGAAGAAGUCAUGUUGGAAAAACUCGGUGUGGGACAGGGAUGUGUUACACCUCUAUCGUUGUUCAAUGACACGAAGCAGGAAGUUACGUUCUUGUUAGAUGCAAGCUUUGUAGAAGACAGCCACCAAACAGUGUAUUUUCAUCCCAUGAGCAAUGAAGCGACGACCGGAAUGAAACCUGAAGAUUUCAUGAAAUAUGUCAAAGCAACUGGACACGAGCCGAUCAUAGUGCAUUUUUAGAAUCAUUUGGAAGAAACAGUCUGCCUUUAAAUUCAGAAUUGUAUACAUGUAGUUAGUUGUGGUAUUUUACUUAUUUAGUUUCUCAUUAAAAAAUAAAGCUGGUGUAUUAUGACCAAACAUAAGCCCUUCUGUGAACAGCUUAAUUAGAUCCUGGCAGGUGGUUUGGGGGAGUGAUGGGUUGGAGAGUGCUUGACCAAGGUGUAAAUGGUAAUGUUCUUUGAGACCUAAGAUGCAAACCUAUUCUACAGUAUACCUUUUUCAAAUAAAUUUUAAUUUCUCAAUCACAAUCCUACAGUGGCAAGCUUGAUCAGCUGAAAGAUUUUGCUAUGAGAUUUUGGCAAAAUUCCUGGACAUUUUCUCUAACUUUCCAUCCAUGUUCAAUGCAUGCAAAACUAAUCAGACUUUGUUGGUUGUCACUGUGUUAUGAUUAUGAUUGAUGGCAGUCAAAAAGGCAGUCAUUAGUCAGGUUUUGAACUUCAGACUUUGAUUGAAAUGUGAAUUAUAUUAGCGGCAAGUCAUCAUUGUUAAGUUGUGAACAGGUCCUAAAAUUUCAGUGCUGCGUUGUCAUUGGCAGGUUGUCAAACAAUUACAGGCAGCAAAAGUGAGAUGACACUACCGUACAAUAAUGUCAGUGGGAAAACAUACCAUGAUGAUAGGGAUGUAUUUCAAGAGCAAUGUACAUCACAAAAACUUUGAGUGGAGGUGAGUGGGGUGGUGGUAAACAGAAAAGACGUGGGAAAUUAUAAGGUUGUGUUGUGUUGCGUUGAUUGAAUAACAACAGACUAGCUUUUCUUUUUUUCAGACUCCGUUCUUCUUUCACUACAUUGAAGGGCAUUUGCUUUUUACUCCUAAGCAAAUUCCACGGCAGAAAACAGGCAUUGUCAAAUUAAACGAAAUAUCAAUUCAGUAACCAAUCGUGCCCCACUGUACCCUAAUUGAAAAGUUUGCAAGGUACAUGGAGUGUUUGCAUAUGCAUAUUAGACUCUGCACAACACAUCUUCCAGUGAAUCCCGGAAACUCUAGCGCAAGUGGAUCUUUUUGUUAAUUUUUCCUUUGUGUGCUUUUGUAGUUUAGUUGAUUUAAUGAGUUCGCCAUCCAGAUACAUGAACAAAUUCAAAUAGACAAACAACUACCAA